AUGACAUCGCCAUCUAAAACCAGCUCCGGGUUCACCAUAACCGAACCGGCGCCCGGCGAAGAAUCAGAACCACCCACAAGCUCAUCGUCGGAAUUCGAGCUCUUCACAGAAAAGGACGCCGACAAAUCGUACCUCGCCAAAUCGAAACUCGUAGCUCGCGCAAUUGCCCAACUCGGCUUCGGCAAGUAUCAAACGGGGCUAUUUUUCGUCGCUGGUUUCGGCUGGCUAAGCGAUAACGCCUGGCCCGUCGCGACCUCGCUCGUGUUGCCGCGGCUCGUUGAAGUCGACGGCGUGCAUGCUCCCCUGGGAAAAGCACCUUAUUUGACCCUCGCGCAGAACUUGGGGUUGCUUGCUGGGGCGCUCUUCUGGUCGUUGAGCUCCGAUGUCAUUGGCAGGAAAUGGGCUUUCAACUUGACAUUUUUGGUCACGGGGAUAUGGGCCGUUGUGGCUGGUGGAGCCAACAAUUUCGCCGCUGUGGGCUCUUUUGCUGCGUUGUGGUCGUUUGGAGUCGGUGGGAAUUUGCCCGUGGACUCAGCUAUCUUUUUAGAGGCGUUGCCAGGCUCGAAGCAGUGGCUAUUGACUGUUAUGUCCGGCUGGUGGGCACUCGGUCAGAUCAUUGCCAAUUUGAUCAGCUGGGGGUUGAUUGGCAAUUAUUCUUGCGCCGAUUUGCAGAAUUGCCAAAAGAAGGAUAAUUGGGGGUGGCGGUAUUUCUUAUUCACGUUGGGUGGCGCGACCUUGCUUAUGUUUGGUGGUCGGUUUGCAUUUCGAGUGUUUGAGUCGCCCCGUUUCUACUUGGGCAUGGGUGAUGAUGCCCGGGCAGUGGAAACAUUACAGAAAAUCGCUAGAGUCAACGGCAAGCCGUGCCCCGUUACUUUGCAGGACUUUAAGCAGAUUGAUGACCGAUACGAGAGGGACGAUGUCCAUGGCAACAAAAACAGAUUGAUUGAGGAGAAAUUGCAGAAGUAUAAAAUGUCUCAUAUCCGACAGUGCUUUGCCUCUAAGAAGCUCGCCGUGUCCAACUGCCUCAUCAUCUUCACCUGGGGGUUGAUUGGACUCGCCUUCCCGCUCUAUAAUGCGUUUUUACCCUACUACUUGGAGACUAGGGGCGACGCAAACAAGCCGCUCAGUGUUCACGACACGUACAAAAACUCCCUCAUAGUCUCGGUGCUCGGUAUACCGGGGGCCCUUAUUGCUGGGUUGUUGGUUGAGCUUCGCUUGGGCAGGAAGGGGACCUUGUCUGCUUCGUUAUUGCUCACGGGGAUCAUGUUGUUCGCUUCCACCACGGCAAAGUCAAGCAACGCCAACUUGGCGUGGAACUGCAUGUUUUCGUUCUUCUCAAACAUCGCUUAUGGGGUCUUGUAUGCUUACACGCCCGAGUGCUGUCUUGCGCAGUUUAGAGGCACCAUGGUGGGGUUGGCUGCGUCGUUUAAUCGCAUCAUGGGCGUUUUUGCACCCAUCAUUGCGAUAUACGCCGACUUGACGACCUCGGCGCCGAUUUUUGUCUCGGGUGCCUUGUUUCUUCUAUCGGGGUUGUUGGUGAUUUUCUUUCCCUAUGAGCCUCGAGGCAAGAGCAGUCUAUAA